AUGCAGUUUCUACUCAACCUUGCUUGCCUCGCGCUGGUUGCCGCCACACAUGCUCCCAGUCCAUCGCCGGUUUCCUACGACCGCUACCAAGUCCGCCGCUUCGAUGCCAGAAGUGAAGAUCUCCAAGAUGCCAAACGCGCAAUGUCCAGUAUUCCGCACCGAUCCCUGAACGAGGGCGACGGGUUCUGGGACGUGCUCGUUGCACCCCGACACGUGGAUGCCGUCGAGGCCCUUGCGAUGAAACCGAGAACUCUGCAUGAGAACCUGGCCGAGUCCAUUGCUCGCGAGUCUCCGGUCAAAGGGAUAUCGAAGAGACAGCACGUAAAAUGGUGGAAGGACUUACAGGUUGCAUUCGCGGGUAAUUGUAGCUUGACUGUUGCGGGAAAAUCAUACGAGAACCGUGACUUGUUUGGUAUGCAUAUUUGGGGGGAAGGUGGCCCUGGUCGUCCCGCAAUCAUCUAUCACGCGGAUGUGCACGCUCGUGAAUGGAUCACAACUCCGGUCGUCGAGUAUAUCGCGAAGCAGCUACUUACCAGCUUCGUAGCUAAGUCUAAUACAACCUUGUACCUCCUUAAUAACUUCGACUUCUACAUUUUUCCAUUUGCGAAUCCGGACGGCUUCGUUUACUCGCAAACCAAGGAUCGUCUCUGGCGCAAGAACCGUCAGCCACCACCAAAGAAUGCGAACCAGGACUGCAUAGGCCGCGAUAUCAACCGUAACUGGUUGACAAAUUGGAAUAUUACCGGUGGGGCGUCUACAAACCCUUGUGAUGAGGACUACAAGGGAAAAGAGGCCAACGACGCACCUGAAACGCGGGCUCUGUCCGACUUCAUUACCAAAAUCCGCGACACGCAAAAGAUUAGAGCGUUUAUCGACUGGCACAGCUACGCUCAGCUUAUCCUGUAUCCAUAUGGAAACGACACUGGCCUGUACGCGCCAGAAUUAUCCAUAUGGACUCAGACGGCGAAUCAGAUGAGCAACAACAUCCGCAAGGCAUCAGCCAACGGUACCACCUUCACUUUCGGCCCAAGUGCGAUGCUCUUAUACAAAACAACAGGCACUUCUAUGGAUCAUGUCUAUAAAGUUGGCGGCGCCAAGUACUCAAUGACGAUUGAGUUGCCAGACCUUGGCGACCACGGCUUCGUAUUGCCCCCAGAAAGGAUCAGGCCUAUUGUUAAGGAACAGUGGGCCGGUCAGCUGGCUUUUUUGGAUGCUUUCCAGUAUGGAGGACUUGGUUCAUGA